AUGAACAAGCAGUAUGGUCUUCAAAUGACAUAUAUGCAAGCAUGGAGAUCGAAGGAAUAUGCAGUUCAACUACUGAGAGGGAACCCGAGCGAAUCAUAUGAAAAUCUGCUAAGCUACUUUUAUAUGAUGGUUCUUACAAAUCCUAUGUCAGUGGUAAGUUUGAAAAAAACAGAGGAAGACCGAUUCAUGUAUGCUUUUGUUGCACUAUAUCCCUCUAUAAAAGGAUGGCAGUAUUGCAAACCGGUUGUUGUUGUAGAUGGAAACUUUAUUAAAUCGACAUAUAGAGGAACAUUAUUGAUAACAUCCAUACAAGAUCCAGCAGGUAGUAUCCUACCACUCGCAUAUGCCAUUAUAUAUUCAGAGAAUAAUGCUUCCUGGGAGUGGUUUUUCGCGAGGUUCAAGGAUGCAUUUGGGGAAAGGGAGGGAAUAUGCAUAGUCUCGGACAGGCAUGGAGGCAUUGAAAAUGCAGCGGCAACAUUGUAUCCACAAGUACCUCAUUGUGUCUGCAUAUGGCAUCUAUGGAAUAAUGUAAACGAAAAUUACAAGAAGAACCAUUUGCAGCUCAAUGACAUAUUCUUUGCUAUGGCCAAAGCAUACACAGUUGAGAAGUUUGAUUACCACAUGGCAGAGGUAGAGAGAAUUGAUAAGAGGAUCAAAGAUUACUUAAUCAACGUUGGGUAUGAAAGAUGGUCCAGAGCACAUUCCGCAAUCAACAAAACAUUGACAAUGACUUCAAACAUUGCAAAGUCGAUUAAUGCAGUGCUCAAGGCUGUGAGGGAACUCCCAGUACUGCCUAUGCUAGAGUACAUAAGGAAAUUGAUCGGACGAUGGAACGUUACAAACUAA